AUGUGCCUGGUUGGCGCGACCGAAUCCCACUAUGGGGCCACGACUUUUAUGUUUGUAGUGGAGAACGACCGCAUGUGCCGUGAGUCCGCGGUCUCCGUCGGCGAAGGCGGGCGCGUCUCAGCGAAGGCGAUGCGGAGGCCCGUCCCGGAAGCAGUUGUCCAACGGCGUACCAAGCAGAGCCUCGUCUCGACGAUGCCGGCGCAGUGUUUCAUCCGACCAAACAUCCAGCGGAGUCCGCAGUACACUGUGCACGCGGCACAAGCGCACAGCGCCCUCACUUGGUUUAGCCCGCCGGUCGAGGCGGUUGCCCGGGGUGUGGCCGCUGAGCAGAGCCCAGCUACGUGGAGCCACAGGUGA